AUCAUCUCUCACACUAAACUUUCUAGCCGCUCUUCUUGGUGUUUUUUAGGGAAAAGGCCAUCAAGAAAGAACGCAAUGUGGAAAAUAACAUGCUGGGUGUGCAAGCAAUCGGUGGAGCAGAGCAAAACUGCUUUGGCCAGCGAUGUGCACUUCUUUCGAAUUGAUAUUUGGGCGAACACCCACUGUCGAUACGAGCGGGAACUUGGAGAUGUCGGAAAUGUCGACUACCAGAGAAUCUGCCAAUCUUGCAUUAGAAAAUCCCUGUCUCUUGGGUAUUUUGAUUUCAAAAAUGAAAUUCCGCAACCACUCGCAAGAAGCAUGAUUAGCGAUGCUGUUAACUCAAGGCUUGAUGGCGUCUUGGACGGAAUCACUGGCGCCACGAUGGUAACACCGAGGAUUACCUGGCUAAGUGUCAGUGAUUUGAUGAAAUACGGAGCUGUUGGCCUGAAGGAGAGCGGUGCCUGGUUGAUGGAGUUUCGGCUGCCGCACCGUAACGUCAACUUCUGCCACCUGCGCUUCAGCAACAAGCUUAGAAGACACCUUUCCCCUAUCAUGCUUGAACGCAUUGAACCUGAGCUGGUUGGAGGGUUUUGCUGCGCAACAAUCCUGAGAUUCCUCGUUCGUCGCGCGGCCUGUGUUUGGUGCAUUUAUCGAUUUGGAGCUGCUGGUUGGCGUUAUAACUUCAGAGAAGCUUUAGUGGGAACUGCUUCUCUUGCAGCAGGCUACGCUUGUGGCUCGCUUUUUGACAGAUUGACCCCUAGCAUUGUUGAUGAAUUCAUCUCGCCUCCAUACAGUUCAUCCAAAAUUAUCGCAGGAGCAUGUUACAUCGUGUGCAACAAUGUCGCCUCAGCUUUGGUUGGAGGAAUGGCAGGGAUGUGGAUGAGGAUCUGGCUGAAUCAAAAUGAAAAAGAUUGAGGGCUCCACUUGGUUUUCUAACUCUUUAGCUUCAUCGAAAGAGAAACGCAUCGCGGAAAAUCAGAAGAUUAAGGAAACGUUAAGGGACGACUGCCUAUUUAGAGUAAAAACGUUGCGAUUAGAUAGCCAGAUAUAGAUAUGUACAAUAAUUUUUUUAUCAUUCAAAUUUAAGACGAAACUGUCAAUUCAACUGCUAAAGAAGCGCGGGGAUUCAGGGUGUAAAUAAGGAAAAGAAGAAAUCACAUUAAAAAAACCAUCGCACUCUCUUAUAAUUGAAUAAUUUGUCAGUCUAACCAAAAAGAAAAAAAUAAAUUUUUAUAAUUAGAGACGAAUAAAC